GCUGCUGGCGCAUUACAUAAUAAUCUGGUAGUGGUAGCGGUAGGCAGAGAAGUGCCAGUGGUAAUUUUAACUAAAUCUACACUAUAUCUCACGAGUGGGAAGACACUGACGCUUACUAUCUCUAAUAUCUCACUAUCUGAUCCGAAAGAGAACAUAUGGUUUACGUGUGAAGUCAGUAUGGCAGUAUCGCAUGUGUCAGCUGUGAGGACGCUAUAUAGACAGAUUCUCCUGCUGCAUCGACGUCUUCCCCUAGAGAUGAAGGCUCUGGGAGAUGAAUAUGUGAAAGCAGAAUUCAGAAGGCACAAGAAUGUUAAAUCAGAAGAGGUCCAGAACUUCAUGAGCGAAUGGCAGGGGUAUGCAGCAAUGUUAUCGGCUCAAACAGAAGGUGUGAAAUCUGAGGGUGAGGUCAAACGGGUUGGUUUGCACCUUGAUGGAAACCAAUUAGAAGAACUAAACGACAUCCAGGUCGGACAGCUCUAUGAACUCUAUCAAGAAACUAAAAAACCUUCCCAGUUUAUGCAGAAAGAAGACUCAUGACAGUACAAUGAUGUUUCUUCCUAGGAACAUGAAUUUCUGUUUUUUUGCAACUGUCCAGGCGAGACUGUAUUGGAAUCAGUGGAUGAUUCUGCAUAGAGACUUGAAGAUUUUACAGAAUGGUAUUCUUGCAAAUA